CAAAAAAACAAAAAUUAAAACAAAAAUUCCAAAAGCCAAAAUAUAAAAAAUAAAUUAUAUCAAAAAUAAAAAUUCCAAAAAUAUUUUUCUUAUCGAUGUGGGGUACAUAUUUAUAUUUAGGCUAUUCUAUAAGCCUAAUAAUAAUAGGCUUAUUUGGAGCCUACACUGAUGCAAGUCCACCACCAUACUUACAUUUACCUAAAUAUUCUGCAGUGGCGAGACGAAGUAAUGGUCCUAACAUGUUACCAAUUGUUGAACCCCAAUGGUUAUUUAACGAAGAGAAUAAAAACGCAAUGUUAAAUAACAAUGAGUGGAUGAUGACACCUGUUUCAUCAUCCUCUGUCUCAUCAUCUGGAUCACGUCAUGGUUCCAAAAAUAAUGAUGAUGAUAAUUUAUUAGAUAAUUCAAUGUUAGAUGAAAAUUGGAAACGCUUAGAACAGACUGCUUUAAAAUUUCACCCCAGACAACAACAAUCGCAUGGUAUUGUUGGCGCAACAAUGCCAUUGAUUGAAAAUUGGAAUUUGGCCACAACACCUGAACAAAUAUUAUUGAUGAAUAAUAGAAAAAGUAGAAGAAAUGUAAAUUUGCUAAAAGAUCGUCGAAGUUGGCGUAAACGGGAUGUUGAUAUACAUGACCCUGAAUCCCCUGGUGGUAUGCAUGAUACAGGCGCAAGCGCCAGUCAUUUAUUACCGCAAGGAUUGGCAAGUCAAUUAAUGUUACGAUCAGCUCGCGACCGUCCAUAUGAUGUACCACAAAUUGAAUGUCCACCAGCACCAGAUGGUAUGGAACGGUUUGCUUGUCCAACACCAGAUCGCCAGGGUCGUUACCGGUGUAUUGAUGAUCAUGUAUUAUGUGAUGGGUACAUUAAUUGUCCGUCUGGUGAGGAUGAAGAUAGACAAGCGUGUAUGUUUUAUAAAACGACAAAGGCGCAUUUGGAUGUGUUAGCAGAUGCUUUAUUACGAUGGGCCAGAGGACGUUAAACAACAAUCAAAAAAAUCCAUAAACCUUUCAUAACCCACCACAAAAUAAUUCAAUAAUUUUCAUAACUUAAUAAAAAGUCAUUUCAGAAGAACAAAUCAGUUUGAAAAAGAAAAAACUUUCAAAUAUCAUUAUUAUAAAUAAAAUUCACUCCAUCAAAAUCUUUAAAAAAUUCUUCUCUCUGUCUUAGGUGUCUAUUACCUCACAUAUUAAAUAGGAAAGGAAAAAAAAAUCUCAUCGUAGAAAUUAAUCCGCCAUUAUUCAAAAAAAAAAUAAAUAAAAAACAUCAUUUCUUAACUGAAGCACCCAUCCCUUCCUCACCAAUUAAAUCAUUCCUCUCCAUUGCUUGGAAAAAAAUAUUUUUAAAAUGUAGCUGAGUUUAAUUUUUACUUUUC